UUUGGAAUUUUAGGAGUCACGAUACAAGAACAAGACUAAUGAACAUGCAAAAAUGGGUCAUCAACUACCUCGCCACGACGCUACCCAAACACUGGAUGCAACCUGGUUCAUUUCAGUCAGUCCUCUUCUUCCGAACAUGCUUUCAUGGAAAACGCACAAAUCUUUUCUGGUUUUCUAAACUCUUUCCUUGUCUUUGGUGAACUACAAGAUUCAAUCUCCAUGACACCACCAUAAACCAACAUUUCAGAAUCAUACUCCGUUUCGUCAUUCACGCUUUUCAUCAAACAGGUGGAGGGCAGACUUCCCCCAACAGUUGGUUAACUUCGUUUCUGCGGUCGAUCAAGAAUAAAAGAAAGAGAAGACUAAAGAGAAAUGACAAGCAUUACAGCCACAUGUUCUUUUGGUUUGAUCUUUAGAAGAAAAGAUUCAGAAAACAAUGGAGUUUCAAUGCAUCAAUACAAUGGUCUUAGAGCCAUAGAAACUACCAUCAUUUCUGUUGUUUCACUCGAUUCUCAUAUCUUCAACUUUCUUGCAUAUAUAUUCUCAGCUUCAAAAUCUAAAGCAAUCAAGGCCAUUUCAGCUCCCAAACGAGAAACAGACCCAAAGAAGAGGGUUGUGAUCACUGGAAUGGGAGUUGUUUCUGUUUUUGGCAACGAUGUUGACACAUUCUACGACAAACUUCUAGAGGGUGAAAGUGGAAUCACUCUAAUAGACAAAUUCGAUGCUUCCACCUUCACUGUUCGUUUCGCCGGUCAGAUUCACAACUUCUCAUCGGUCGGCUACAUCGACCGGAAAAAUGAUCGUCGUCUUGAUGACUGCUGGAGGUUUUGUUUGGUCGCCGGCAAAAAAGCCCUUCUUCAUGCCAACCUUGGCCAACAAAUUCUUGAAACUAUGGAUCGAACGAGGAUGGGAGUUGUUGUGGGAUCAGGCAUAGGAGGGAUGACGAGUUUCAGCAAUGGUGUGGAAGCACUGAUUCAGAAGGGAUUCAAGAAAAUUACUCCAUUUUUCAUUCCUUACUCGAUCACGAACAUGGGAUCGGCAUUGUUGGCGAUAGAUACAGGAUUAAUGGGGCCAAAUUACUCGAUUUCAACCGCUUGUGCAACUGCAAACUAUUGCUUUUAUGCAGCUGCAAACCAUAUUAGAAGAGGAGAAGCAGAUAUCAUGGUGGUGGGUGGAACCGAAGCUGCUGUUAAUCCUACGGGUGUUGGUGGGUUCAUAGCCUGUCGAGCUUUGUCUCAAAGAAACCACGAGCCACAUAAGGCUUCUAGACCAUGGGACCAAGAUCGCGAUGGUUUUGUUAUCGGAGAAGGUGCUGGAGUACUGAUUAUGGAAAGCUUGGAGCAUGCAAGUAAAAGAGGAGCCAAUAUUAUCGCGGAAUACUUGGGAGGAGCCAUAACCUGCGAUGCUCACCACAUGACGGACCCUCGCAAAGAUGGUCUUGGAGUUUCGUCAUGCAUUGCCAAAUGUUUAGAAGAUGCCGGUGUUUCUCCCGAAGAGGUGAACUAUGUGAAUUGUCAUGCAACCUCAACCCUAGCUGGAGAUUUGGCUGAGCUUAAUGCCAUUAAGAAAAUCUUCAAGAAUACAUCUGAAAUGAAGAUGAAUGGAACCAAGUCGAUGAUCGGACAUGGUCUUGGAGCUGCUGGUGGAUUGGAAGCCAUUGUAUGCAUAAAAGCAAUCACCACUGGCUGGCUACACCCCACCAUUAAUCAAGAUAACUUGGAGCCUCAAGUUGAUAUCGAUACCGUCCCAAAUGUGAAGAAACGCCAUGAAGUCAAUGUGGCCAUCUCCAACUCCUUCGGGUUCGGUGGGCACAAUUCUGUGGUUGCAUUCACUCCUUUCAAUCCUUGA